UUCGUUAGCGCCAAUCUAGAAUUCAAAGUCAUAAGUUGUAGUCGACUUCAUCAGGUUCCCCAGAAAUGCCUGAAACUGAUGCAGGUUACGAAGAUGGUGUGGAAGAACGUGUUAUUAAUGAAGAAUAUAAAAUUUGGAAAAAGAAUACUCCUUUCCUGUAUGAUAUGGUUAUGACUCACGCCCUGGAAUGGCCAAGCCUUACAGCUCAAUGGUUACCUGAAGUCACAAGACCAGAAGGUAAAGAUUUUUCUAUUCAUCGACUUAUCUUGGGAACUCAUACAUCUGAUGAACAAAAUCACUUACUUAUUGCUAGUGUUCAUAUGCCAAAUGAUAAUGCCCAAUUUGAUCCUAAUAGUUAUGAUGUUGAACGUGGUGGUAAGUUGAAUUGAUUUAUAUAAUGUAGUCUAUGAUUAAAUUAUCUUGAAAUUGUUUACUCGAAGAAUCAUUGGAAUGAAGUAGUAUAGUGUCCCGUUGUGUAUGAAUCAGUCAGGUUAAUUAAUAAUUAUCAUCCUUUAAUUUUUCAGAUUUCAUAGAUUGUGAAGUUAUUUGAGCACCUCUACCACUACGGGAUUUGAAUCGACAACUGUAUCUCUGUGCUAUUGUGGUAUGGCAACUCAAACUGAUGUACGUACGUACGAAGUUCUACGUUGUUACUGACUGACUGAGCAUCUAUUUCGAAGCGGAGACUUAAGGGACUAUGUGAAGUUAACAUUGUUCUGUAUCUUGUGAAGUUUCAACUGUUAAAAACAAAUUAUUAAACGUGAUAGACUUUGAAUCUAUAACAAGUCGGUUUAAAAAUCUAAUGCUUUAACUACUAUAUCAAAGCAUUUUCUAAAUAAUAACUGUCCAUACCAGCAGAUUUUUUUGGUGGAAUCGCUGGUGUGUUUUCGUAUGUCUUUUACUCGAAUAGUUGAAAGUCAUAUUGGUGAAAGUACAUUAAUUACUUCUUAUUUGAUUCUAUCUCUAAUCAUAUUAAGUGAUUGAUUCACUUAUUGAUAUAGGACACGCUGAUAAUAGGCUCAUUUGUUGAAUAAACCGGGAAAAUAUAGUCUUUUGAUUACCUUAAAGAACAAUGCAAGUAUGUGUGGAAAACAUUUUCCACCUUUGAAUACAAGUCUAUGUCGUCGACUAGAUUAAUUGCAGGAAGUAAAGUAGCUGAAUGCGUUAAUCAUCACUUUUCUUGAGGGGUCCUUUUUACUCCGAUGCGUUGGUGUCUAACGCAAUCUUGGCAAGGGUUCGGAAAGCUCUUAACUUUUGUAAGCUUACUUCACUUGUAUUGUAGGCGAAAUAUUCUUCUACUUUACCUUAAGGUUGCGAAACAUGAUUUGUGAAAGCAAAAGAUAUGCAUAGGCUGCAGGAUUUUAAUCAUAUUUAUCUUUAACCAUUCUCAUAUCGUGGGAUGAUCGAGUGAGAAUUGCUGCAAUGUUAAGCAAUAGGGUACCUGACAGUCGGUUGAUGGAGUUAUCAAACUUCAUCAACUGAAGUGGUUGGGACAUGUAUUUUGUACGGCAUCAACGCAUCGUAUUGGGUAUUGUAGGAAAAAAGCUCUAGACAGUCAAAACAAAACAUUACAUCAGUUACUGGUUUUUGAUCUGAGCUAUGUUGAUAGAUGCAGUCUACCCGGUUGUUUUCCGCACGACUAGCAUACCCAGUUAUUAGUGACGUUAGGUGACAUGGUUCUGCAUCAAUUUCAAAAUCAUGUUAUAUAUUUCAUUUCACUAAUUUACUCAUUUUUUCCCAUCUUGUUUUUUUUAACAUCACUAAUACUACUACUAUUGUUUCUCAUUUAGACUCCUGUAUAUUAGUCUUGUUAAUUUCAUUUCACCCUGUUAAUGUUGUAGUAUGACAUCUUGGGUAAACGUACACAUGUUCCCAGAUUGUACAUUGAUUAUGAUUAGUUUUACUAGUGAAUGUGGUGUUCUUGUCGAGUUAUGUUUAAUACUCGAUGAUAUGUCCACACAUUCUAAACUCACCCACUUUAGUAUUCACACAAGAUCUUAACACAUAAUUAUAUAGCACCAAAGUAAGAGUAUAUAAACUUUUAGUUAGUUAUCAUGUUACAUUAUCCAUUUAAUUGAUUCCAUUUCAACAUCCAGAUUAAAAAUGAAUAACUUUUCAUAAAUCCAUUUUUUUCCACACAAAAAAAUCAGAGUUCGGUGGGUUUGGUGCAGUAACCGGUAAAAUUGAGAUCAAUAUAAAAAUCAAUCACGAGGGUGAAGUAAAUCGAGCUCGUUAUAUGCCACAGAAUCCAUGUGUAAUCGCUACUAAAACGCCUAGUUCUGAUGUUUUGGUGUUUGAUUAUACCAAACAUCCAAGUAAACCUGAUCCAUCUGGUGUAUGUCGACCGGAAUUACGUUUAAGAGGGCAUCAAAAAGAAGGUUAUGGUUUAUCAUGGAAUCCAAAUUUAAAUGGUUAUUUGUUGUCUGCGUCGGAUGAUUAUACUAUUUGUAUGUGGGAUAUUAAUGCAACUCCAAAAGAAGGUCGUAUUAUAGACGCUCAAACUAUAUUCACUGGUCAUACAAGUGUUGUAGAAGAUGUCAGUUGGCAUCCAUUACAUGAAUCUAUAUUUGGUUCAGUUGCUGAUGAUAAAAAACUUAUGAUAUGGGAUACACGUAGUGGUUGUACAACACGUCCUAGUCAUACAGUUGAUUCACAUUUAGCUGAAGUUAAUUGUUUAUCAUUUAAUCCAUUUAGUGAAUAUAUAUUAGCCACUGGUAGUGCUGAUCGAACUGUUGCACUAUGGGAUUUACGUAGUUUACAAAUGAAGUUACAUUCAUUUGAAUCGCAUAAAGAUGAAAUAUUUCAAGUUCAAUGGUCACCACACCAUGAAACUAUUCUUGCUAGCUCAGGUACCGAUCGACGUCUACAUGUUUGGGAUCUUAGUAAAAUUGGUGAAGAACAAUCAGCUGAGGAUGCUGAAGAUGGACCACCGGAAUUACUGUUCAUUCAUGGUGGACAUACAGCGAAAAUUUCAGAUUUUUCAUGGAAUCCAAAUGAUGCAUGGGUUAUUUGUUCAGUAUCUGAAGAUAAUAUAUUACAAGUGUGGCAAAUGGCUGAGAAUAUUUACAAUGAUGAAGAACUUCCACUGACCAUUGAAAAUGAAUAGAUUUAUAUUCAAUGUGCAUUUCACACUUUUUUCCCAUUUUUUUUAUCUACACAUCACUACUAUCAUACUUAUUUACUAAAUGAAAAAUAAAAACAACUUAUGUAACUAA